AGAUUGUGAUGUAUUGAGACAGAACCUAUCACGUGACCCUAUCACGUGUCACUAACAAUGGAGCCGGUUCCCACUGUGGGACCCACUGACAAGUUCAAAAUUGGGGACUACGUCUUCGCAGACCUCCACUGUACUCGAGAGCCUUACUGGAUAUGCAAGAUAGAGGAAAUACAGAAACAGUCCAACUCAGAUAUUCAGAUUAAAGUAAAACUGUUCUUCCGGAGACGUCACGUGUCAGGAGAUUUGCUGGUCAUUGCUGAUAAGUACACGGACAGCUUCCUUCACAACGAGGAGUUUGAUUGGGAUAUUGCGGAGGAAGCUACUUAUAAUCCUGAUUAUGUUAAACUACAUUAUAAGUUGCUGCAGAGGAACUUGUUUGUUUCCAAGGAGAAUGUUAUCAUAUCACCCGAUAUGAUCCGAGGUAAAUGUUACGUUUUCCUCCUGACAAUGGUGGACUCUCCCAUGGAUGUGCUUACCAAUGAGAACAAGUUUUUCUUUCUUCUGGCCUACGAUGUCUCGAAUCAAGAGGUACACGAAGAUAAAGGUUCUAUAAUGAUAGGAAGUGCUUAUCAAGCUGAGCUUCCUGAUUGCGAGGGGGGAGGUAGCUCUACUGAUGUAGAGGACGAUCAGUUCAUUUGGGAUCCUGAAAAAUGCUCUGAUAAAACUUAUUCACAGUUAAGCUGUGCGGUUCGGUCAGUGCAAGCCUAUAAAAACCUCGCAAAAACAAACCCUAAAACUAGACCCAUGCAAGUUCACAGAGACGUUCAUUUGUUUGGUGCUAUGGAAAUUCUUAACAGAGAAAAUUAUGAUAUGAAAACAGCAGGGCUAUCAAUAGUACAGGACGACAGUUUAACAUCAGAUGAUAUUGAUUCGUGGACUCGGGAUGAGGUGUUGAUAUUUGAAAGAUGUUUGUACAAAUACGGCAAGCAGUUCAAUUACAUAAGGCAAGAGUUUUUACCCUGGAAAUCUUGGCAGAGUAUCAUUAGUUUUUAUUACCAGUGGAAAGGGACUAGUGGGUACAAACAAUGGAAAAAUGACUACUGUUCAGAUCAAGGAGAGUUGAAAGAUAUCGAGGUAGCUGUAACAGACUGGGUGUUGCCCGCCCUGACUGGAAGUGAAACAACAUCCAGCAAAUGUCCUGGUUGUGGGAAAGUCCCCAAAGUGCGAGGCUGUUGGUUUUCUUGGGGACCGGUUACUGAACCUGUCCGGAUUUGUAAAACAUGUGCUCUCCAUUGGAAACAGUUCGCUGGUUUUCCUGAUUCUCCCACUUUAGAGAGUAAAGUAUGGGAAUCUUCGUCGCCAUCAAUAAUCGGGUUACCACACAGUAAACUCUUCAAAUGUGAAACCGACGGUUGUAAUAAAGCUUUCAAGUGUAAAUCAGGACUGCGUCGUCACCAGGUGUUAUCUCACGGUGAUCCCUCCAGAGGACAGUUGUUUUUGUGCACAGAAGAGUCCUUGGCGGCCAGGAAAUGUUUGGGGACUAAAACCAUGAGAGUGAUAGCUCGUAGACCUUGCCAGGCUGCUAGAAACAGGUAAUAGCGGUCAUGGUUUGUUAGUGUUGCACCCCGCCUUUAGUAGGUCGGAUCGUGUGGUUGAAUAACAUUUCAGUCAUCUGAAGCUCAGAUAGUUUUAUUGUUUAAACAAGCAGCUCUUUAACAGAAUAUCUCGUUUUUCGCAACUUUUUCGAGGGAUCAGGUUUCUAUGUACAUUGAUGCACAAUCCGAUUUUUUGAUGUAAUAACGUUUCUUCAUUCCUUUUUUAUUCGAAUUUGAUAAGCUGUGCAUGAAUUUAAGUUGUAUUUGUAUUUGUAUAAUAUGUUUAUUGAGUAUUGAGUAUUGAAGAUCAUGAAUUAAAUUCAUUAUUUGUUAUCAAACUUGUAAAUCAUGUCAUCCAAUCUUAUAUCACUAGAUUUA